AUGCCUGUGGCUUCCUCUUUCAAACCCUUUAUUCUUGGUAAACUUGAUCGACAUAUUCUUGGCAGAUAUACUUUAGUCCCAUCAUCAACUAUGACUCGUCACGGAUCAACAACCAACGCCUCAAUUUCUUCAGAAAAUUCAGUGGCAUCCAGUAGCGAAAAUGACGCUGGGUUUAUUAAGGGGUACAAUAAGGAAGAUGUUACACGUGUUGUGUCAGAUAGUUCCUUGGAGUCGGAUCAACUAGCUAAGAACCCUUUCUUAGAUCCAAAGGUAGAAGAACAUUAUCGUGAGAUAUAUACGAGGUCGGGGUAUGAGAGUUAUUCUGCGUUUGAUCCUAACUUUGAAUGGACGGCGGAAGAAGAAAAGAAAGUCAUUUGGAAGUUGAACUGGAGAGUUGCUUUUACUGCAUGUCUUUUGUUUGUCAGUUUACAAGUUGACAGAGGAAAUUUGCAACAAGCUGUAUCAGACAACUUUUUAGAUAACUUGGGGUUGAACACCAAUGACUACAACACGGGUAACACAAUUUUUCUUUGUAGUUUCUUGGCGGCUGAAGUGCCUUCGCAAAUGAUUUCCAAGGCUUUAGGGCCAGAUAUAUUUAUUCCAUUUCAAAUUUGUGCUUGGAGUAUAGUUGCAAUGUCACAGGCGGCAUUGAAGGGGAAAGCAGGGUUUUAUAUUACUAGAUGCUUGAUUGGAGUAUUAGAAGGUGGGUUUAUUGCAGAUUUGGUGUUGUGGUUGAGUUAUUUUUUUACUAGUAAAGAAUUGCCCAUUAGAUUAUCUUGGUUCUGGACUACUUUAUCUUUGGUCCAGAUUGCUACUUCAUUGAUGGCAUUUGGUAUUUUGAGGUUAAAUACUUGGGGAUGGCACGGUUGGCAAUUCUUGUUUUUGAUAGAAGGUGCAUUCACGUUGGUUAUUGGUAUCGCAUCAUGGUUCUUGAUGGUUCCUAGUGCUGUGCAAACGAAAACAAAGUGGAAUCCAAAGGGUUGGUUCACCGACAGAGAGGAGAAGAUUGUGGUGAAUAGAAUUCUUCGAGAUGACCCUGGUAAAGGGUCCAUGAAUAACCGUCAAGCUAUUGGACCUAAGAAUAUGCUCAAAUGUCUCAUUGAUUACGACAUGUGGCCUCUUUACGCCAUUGGUAUUGUCGCAUACAUUGGACAACAAACAUUUACCUCAUAUUUCACCUUGAUGAAUAGGCAAUUGGGAUUCUCUGUCUUUAAUACGAACUUGUUGACCAUUCCAUCAACAGUGAUUCAUAUUAUUUUCUUGUUAUCGAUAUCCUGGUUCUCAGAGAGAGUCAACGAAAGGUCAUGGGUCUGUUGUCUUGCACCACUUUAUGCAACCCCAAUAAUGGGGGUGAUCAGAUGGUGGUCUGGUGCAGGAAAGGACAUUUGGUCUACUUGGGUACUCAACACAUUGUAUUUAGGUCAGCCUUAUAUCCAUGCCAUUGUUGUUGCAUGGGUGUCAAGGAACUCGAACUCGGUCAGAAAUAGAUCAAUUUGUUCGGCGUUGUACAAUAUGUUUGUUCAGUUGGGAAAUAUUAUUGCCAACAAUAUCUACAGACAGGAUGAUAAACCUUUGUAUAAAAGAGGCAACAUGCAACUAUUUGCCAUUACGUUGAUACUAAUACCCAUGUUGGCAUUAACCAAGUGGUACUACAUUUGGAGAAACAACAGCAAGGAAAAGAUUUGGAGUGCAAUGAGUGAAGAAGAGAGACACGAGUAUAGAUUAACAACAAAGGAUGAAGCAAACAAGAGGCUAGAUUUUAGAUUUGAUCAUUAG